CCUACCACAUCACCUACCCCAACACCGACGACUACUACAAAAUCUACAACACCAACAAAAUCUACAUCACCUACCCCCACACCGACUACUACAAAAUCUACAACACCAACAAAACCUACCACAUCACCUACCCCCACACCGACUACUACAAAAUCUACAACACCAACAAAACCUACCACAUCACCUACCCCCACACCGACGACUACUACAAAAUCUACAACACCAACAAAACCUACAACAUCACCUACCCCCACACCGACGACUACCACAAAGUCUACUACAACAACACCAGAACCUACCACAUCACCUACCCCCACACCGACGACUACUACAAAAUCUACAACAUCAUCUUCACCUACACCAACAACUACCACAAAGUCAACUCCGACUACACCAAAACCUACCACAUCACCUACCCCCACACCUACAAAAUCUACAACACCAACAAAACCUACAACAUCACCUACCCCCACACCGACGACUACUACAAAAUCUACAACACCAACAAAACCUACCACAUCACCUACCCCCACACCUACAAAAUCUACAACACCAACAAAACCUACCACAUCACCUACCCCCACACCGACUACUACAAAAUCUACAACAUCAACAAAACCUACCACAUCACCUACCCCCACACCGACGACUACUACAAAAUCUACAACACCAACAAAAUCUACAUCACCUACCCCCACACCGACGACUACUACAAAAUCUACAACACCAACAAAACCUACAACAUCACCUACCCCCACACCGACGACUACCACAAAGUCUACUACAACAACACCAGAACCUACCACAUCACCUACCCCCACACCGAUGACUACUACAAUGAUGACAAUUGAAACAAUGAGUGUUCAUACUGGUCCAACAAUAACUGAACCGGUUGAUUCUCAAAUUACCAAAAUAUCAAGUCCUCCCACGUCAACACCAGAACCUACCACAUCACCUACCCCCACACCAACGACUACAAAAUCUACAACACCAACAAAACCUACAACAUCACCUACCCCCACACCUACAAAAUCUACAACACCAACAAAACCUACCACAUCACCUACCCCCACACCUACAAAAUCUACAACACCAACAAAAUCUACCACAUCACCUACCCCCACACCGACUACUACAAAAUCUACAACACCAACAAAACCUACAUCACCUACCCCCACACCUACAAAAUCUACAACACCAACAAAACCUACCACAUCACCUACCCCCACACCGACGACUACUACAAAAUCUACAACACCAACAAAAUCUACAUCACCUACCCCCACACCUACAAAAUCUACAACACUGCAUUACCAACGAGACCUUCAUCUUGUGUAA